CACAGUUGUUCUGUUCGCUUCCCGGCUUGUGAUUUUGGAGUCUGUCAGUAGUGCCGCGCGAUCGCGCGCAAUGGUGCUUUGUCGCUAUCUGUCAAUCGCUUCAAUCUGUGGCGGCAUCGAUCACAAUGUGAUUGCGAUUCCCCGUUUCCGGAAAGUGUCACUCCGGCUCGAACGACGCUUUGGUAUCGAUGCUGCAUUUACUGAGAUGCGCCGUUGGCCUGUACGCUAAAUGGCAAAGAUUAUAGCGACAGCUCUUGCAAAGCCUUCUUAAUCUUAAUUAAAAAUCUCGAGUGAAAUGACGCCAAUUAAAGCACAUUAAUUUGCAACAUGUCAAGUGCAAUGCAUCUGUGAUAUAUUGCAGAAGUCACUCCAGAGGAAGUGAUAAAACUAGAAAAAUUGACAUUGAUAUUAAUCAUGCCGUAAUGAAGUGAUAAACAAGAUUUUUAUCGUAAUGGAGGACUAUACACCAAUCGACGAGGACUUCCCGGGCCGGCUGUUGCACCAGGCUGCGCUUUGGGACAACGCCGAGUUGUUGGAAGAUCUGCUGCGCGGUGAGCACGCGCAGUACGUCAACAGCAAGGACUCGUGGGGCAGGACACCAAUGCACGCAGCCGCGAUCACGGAGAACUCCCGCUGCCUGGACGUCCUGCUGACCGCCGGGGCCGAUCCGAAUAUUACUUGCGGCCCGCGGGGUCACCAUCGGACGCCGUUGCACGUGUGCGCGGAGCACGGCCAUGCCGGCAACGUGGAGAAAUUGCUGAGCUUCAAUGCAGACCUCAUGAUCCGCGACGACGACGGCAUGAAGCCGCUCGACAUUGCCGAGAAGGGCAGGCACGACUCUUGCAUCCAUCUUCUGAAAGUAGCGGCCGAGAAAUACGAACUCGCUAAGGAAGCAACACACGCCACUUUACGCGCGGCUUGUAUUCAAGGCGACACUGUAGCCGCCCGGAAUAUUAUUCAGGGCCUGUCGACCGAUCUGGAGUGCGUGGUGAACAUGGCGCCCAAUGGCGCAAACACGCUGCUCUUCGUCACCUGCGAGAGCGGCCACAAGGAUAUCGUACGACUAUUGUUGGACCACGGUGCCGGCUGCAGGAGUCAUCCAGUUACCAAGUACUGUCCGCUUUACAUAGCGUGCUACCACGGCAAGGUGGAGAUUGUCGAGCUGCUGCUUCGACAUUUUCCCAAGCAGACGCAGCAGCUCACAGUGGAACGUUGGCUACCGAUUCACGCCGCGGCGAUAAACGGCCAUCAUCUCGUAAUCGACAUGCUGCUCAAGUUCGAAUAUCCGCAACACAUCUAUCAACGUUACAGAGAUCCGUCCGGCGAGUUCGAGUACGAGCUACCGUUCGAUAUCAACGCGCAGGAUGUCACCGGCCAGCACGUGUUGUACAUAAGUAGCAUGUUGGGAAACGUCAAGUGCGUCGAGCUGUUGCUGAGUUACCGAGUGAAGGCGAGGACCACCAAAGAGGAAGACGGCGCCGGCGGCACACAGCAGCUUCCAGUAUCCAAACGCAAAAUCUCCAGCGGUAUCCAGAGAUUGAUGUCGUCGCUGAAUUUCCGCAGCAAGACGCCCACGGAUAAAAAGGACGACAAAAUGAUAUAUCCGGUGAAUCUCGAUCUCUACUGCAACAACGGCAGCGAAACCGCGCUGCACGCGGCCGUCAGAGGCAGACAUACCGACGUGGUGAACGCUCUCCUUCAGGCCGGCGCCAAUUUGGAGCUGCCUGUCAAAGUCCCGUACGACCAAAGUGAUCCUGAAGGCAGUUACUCGAGCGUGCUGACAAUCGCGUGUCAGAAUCGCGACGUGAAGAUCGCGGAUCUGUUGCUGAAGCACGGCGCCGUCGACAACGAGUGCAAGGCGUUGAAGAUCGCCGCGCAGAAUCGCGACGAGGCGUUGACCGCGAAGCUGCUGUCGAUCAAAGCGCAUCCGGACUCUGAAUAUAAGAUCAACAAGAAGGCCAUGACCGAGUGUACGCAGAGCUCGCACUUUUCCGCCCUGUCGUCCUUCGGCCACGUCACCUACUCCACGCUGUUCCCGAAAACGCCCACGAUGAUCAACUGGCAUAAUCAGCAGUGUCACCUGUCGCAGAUUCGACUGCAGUGGCUGAUCGACGCGGUGCUGCACGUUAACAGAAAGCUGAGCCCGCGGAACAACGACUUGGUGCUGUACGCUAUCACGCGCAUCGACAUCUCUCACAACUCCAUCACUACCGUGCCGUCCGCCAUGUUUUACCUACAAAGUCUACGAUAUCUCAACAUGGCGCAGAACAAGAUCGACACCCUCACGGCCGACUCGAAGAAUCCGAAGGACAAGCUGUGCCCGGUCCUGGAAGAAAUGUAUCUGCAAGACAAUCGACUGGAGCAAUUGCCGGAAUUUAUCAUGAAUUUGCCGGCGUUAGAAAUCAUGGAUGUGUCCAACAACAAGCUGCAAUGCCUGCCGCAGAACCUGUGGCGCGCGCCCAAGUUGAAGGAAUUGAACGCGUCGUUCAAUUUGCUGCGCGAUUUGCCGAGUCAAGCGUCGCAGAAUGUUCUGAGGAAGCCGCAGCGCGGCGAUGAGGUGCAGCAAAACGGCGUCUUUCGCGGAUUGGCCGCUGUACCGCGUAUAGAAUCCAUGGAGUUCGACUCGUUCACGAAGAUCGCGAACGCGCAGGUGAUCGAGAUGGAACGGCCGCAUGUUUGGACCAGCUCCGUUCAAGUGUCCGAAAGGAUGAGCGACGACACGGAAAACGGCAACAAGUCGGUGCUGGCGUCGUUAAAUCUGGCGCACAACCUCUUCAACAGCAUUCCCGUGGCGCUGCCCUGCCUCGCGGUCAGCCUGGUGCGGCUGAAUAUGGCGUACAACUCUCUGCGCUCGAUGAGUCACAUCACCUCGUACCCGGCGAGCCUGAAGCAGCUGGAUCUGUCGAACAAUCAAAUCACGCGGUGGCCUAGCUUGCCGCAGGUCGACAGUUCCGACAGCAUGGAGCAGGCGAACACGGCCUGCUACUGUCCGGCCGUCAACGCGCAGUCGCCCAGCAUCGUACCUUGCAACCCACGGCAGACGCCCACGUCAAUGCGUGACAUCGUGUUGCAGUCGGUGUGCGCGCACAGGCGACACCUGCGACUGGAGAAUCUACGCACGCUGAUCCUAGCGAACAAUCUGCUGAAUCGCAUCCAGCUGACGUCGUACGACGACGGCGAGAUGCCGUGCCUGGACGAAGAAAGGGACGCGGACAAGGACCCGAACACCGGACACUCCACCAAGUCGUACUUACUCUUUCCUAACGUGAGCAUGCUGGACAUCAGCAACAAUCAGCUGCGCGAUAUACCGCACAACAUCUACGAGCUGAGCAAUCUGUCGGUGCUGAACGUCAGCGGUAACAACGAGAUCGUCGAGCUACCGCCGCAGAUGGGUCUGCUCGGUCGCCUGUGGAAUCUCAACACGCAGGGCUGCCGCCUGCAGGAGCCGCUCAAGUCGAUGAUCGAAUCGAAGAAAUAUAAGACGAUGGAUGUGAUCGGUUAUCUCAAGUCGAUUCUCGAGGAUGCAAAGGCGUACGCGCGUAUGAAGCUGAUGAUCGUCGGCAUCCAGGGCAUCGGCAAGACGAGUCUGCUCGAACAGCUACGGCAGGAGGGCGAGGUGCCGAACAAGAAGAAGGCGUCCGAGCACUGGGCCAAGCGAAUGGGUAACAAGAACAUCAACGCGAAGACCGCCAAGGGCACGAUCAUCUCAACGGUGGGCGUGGACAUCGGCGAUUGGAUCUACGAGAAGAAGGUGCGCGGACAAUCAUCCCACGGGUCGGUUUAUUUCAGAACUUGGGACUUUGGCGGCCAGCGUGAAUACUAUGCCACGCACCAAUACUUCCUGUCGAAGCGCAGCUUAUACCUGGUUGUAUGGCGGAUCACGGAUGGAUUCAAGGGCGUUUCCGAAAUCUUCCAGUGGCUGGUGAACAUUCAGAGUAGAGCGCCCAACUCGCCGGUCAUUAUCGUCGGCACUCACUACGAUGUUUCCUACGAGCACAGCGAAGGCUUGCAGCAAUACAUCCGCGACAAGUUCAUCAACGUGGUCGAUGCGGAGAAGUGCGGCCUGCCCAAGGUCAUGGAAACCAUCGAAGUGAGCUGUAAGACGCGACACAACAUUAAGAUGCUGUGCAAUCUUAUCUACGAUGUCGUCUUCAGUCUGAGAUCGCCCGGCAGCAAAGAACUGCUGCUGGAACAGAAGGUUCCUGCGAGUUAUCUGGCGUUGGAGGACGUGGUGAUCCAGCUGGCGCACGACAGAAAACUGUCCGGCAUGGAUCCGGUGCUGAAAGCCGAUCAGUAUUACGCGGCGGUCAACAACGAGCUUCAGAAACUGCACAGGUCCUUCAGAGACCCCGCCGAGCUUCACCAGGCGACGCUUUUUCUCCACGAGAACGGUAUAAUUCUGCACUACGACGACGCCACGCUGAAGGAUCUCUACUUCUUGGAUCCGCAGUGGCUCUGCGACAUGCUGGCUCACGUGGUCACCAUACGAGAAAUCAAUCCAUUUGCCAGAUCCGGCAUAAUGAAGCUCGACGACAUCCAGCACGUCUUCAAGUCCUCCACGAUAUCGUCGAUCGAUACCCAGGGCUAUAUCGUCAGCUUGCUGAACAAGUUUGAGGUCGCCCUGACGUGGGACUGCCGCACCCUGCUGAUACCGUCUCUUCUGCCCACCGAGGAGGACGUCCUGCGCAACAAUCAGAUCAUCAGGGUGCCGGUGAAGACGCGCGGUUGGCACCAGAUGCGCGCCAAGAAGAUAACAUCGCCCAUGUUCGUAUGCUUGAGCGCGACACCCGGCGACAACAAGAGCGCCGAGUGCGUGCUGACGUCGAGAUCACAGCCUGAUUGUUCCGUCACUAGACUGUUGCUCAUGUCGUACUUUCCGAGCGGCUUCUGGUCCCGAUUGGUCACACGAAUCUUAGCCGACGACGCCAUCGUCGAGAUCGUCAUGUCAUUCCUGGCGCCGUUCAAAGACUUUGUCGACGACAACAUCUUCGCCAGUUUGCUGGAUCUGCAGGCGGAAUGGGUGCUCUGGCAGACGGGAAUCGAGCUACGGUACUCGGGCAUCACCUUGCUGCGCUUGAAGGAGGUCUGUUACAAUCUGAAAAAUUCGCCGUACGAUUAUAGGCAAUUUAUAUUCAAGCUGAAGCAGGACGGCAUUUGGUGCACGGUGGAUCUGAAAAAUUCUGCCAUCCUCGAGAUCUGGUUUCCGGUCGACACCCUCGUCAUCAAGCAGCCCAUCAUGUCCGAUUCCGUGGACGAGGAGCCGAUGGGUUACCAGGCGAUCGUAGUGGAGCCGCGGCCGGAGAGCAUACCGCAGCUAAUGGCGCUGAUCGUCGACCAUAUCGACAUCCUGCUCGAAGACUGGUAUCCUACGUUAGGCACACGCUUCGUUCACACCUCGGAGGGCAAGCUGCUGGUCACCAGGCUUAUACCUUGCCCGCGGUGUCUGCUCGGUAACGCCGAGAGCGGCGACAGCGAGUCGAGCGACAGCGACGGUCGGCUGAUCGAGGAUAUUCAAAAGUACUGCGCGGUGAAUCGCACCGAGAGACAAAGCCAGGACAGCUACAAAUCCGACGGCGACAGCGGCGUCGGCUACGACAGUCUGACAUCCAGUAGGAUGCCGUCGCUCGAAGGACACCCGGACGUAUCGAAGCAGCAGAAUUCUUCGUCGCACGCCGAAGGCACUCUCGCCUACUCUUGGAUGGUGGAGGAAUGCAUACUGGCGGCGUACAGCAACAAGCCCAUCAGCUGUCCGAAGCACUCGGAGAUUCCGCUGUCGCACGUCGCGCCGGACAUCAUCUUUAUGGACCUGGGCGCCAAGCACCUGAUCAAGUCGGACGACCUGAAGCGCGGCAAGCUGCUCGGUCGCGGCGCCUUCGGCUUCGUCUUCCGCGGCAGCUGCCGGCUGCCGGGCACGCACAUCCGUGCCGACGUGGCCAUCAAGAUGCUGCAGCCGGUCUCGCCGGGUCCGAACUCCACGCAGUCGGCGAUCCUCGCGUACAAGGCGUCGCAGAGCAAGUGGGAUCGGGACCCGUUGCAAUACGCCUGCAAAGCGUACUGCAUGGCGCGUCAGGAACUCAAUAUCUUGCUGACGCUCAGGCACGCGAACAUCGUGCCGCUGAUCGGCAUAGUCGUGAGUCCACUGGCUCUCGUGUUGGAUCUGGCGCCCCAGGGCGCACUGGACAACGUCCUGAAGAACUACCGUCGCUCCGGCGCCAAGCUCGAUCCCUACACGCUGCAAGCGAUAAUCUUGCAGGUUGCCAAAGCGGUGGAGUAUCUGCAUCAACAGCACGUCAUCUAUCGCGAUCUGAAGUCGGAGAACGUUUUAGUGUGGCAGAUACCAUUGCCGUUUCAGGAGAGUCCGGAGCCGGUGCACGUGAAGGUCGCCGAUUACGGUAUCUCGCGACUGACACUACCCACGGGUGCGAAGGGCUUCGGCGGCACGGAGGGCUUCAUGGCGCCCGAAAUCAUCAAGUACAACGGCGAGGAGGAGUACACGGAGAAGGUGGACUCGUUCUCGUUCGGCAUGUUCGUCUACGAGCUGAUCACGCUGCGUCAGCCGUUCGAGGGCCACGAGGCGGUGAAAGAGUGCAUCCUGGAGGGCGGCAGACCACCGCUCGUAUACCGCGAGACCUUCCAUCCGUGCUACGCGCUCGACCUGAUGGUGAUAUGCUGGGCGCAGAACCCGAAAGAUCGGCCAACCGCCAGUCAGAUCGUCUCGAUCGCUUCCGCGCCUGAGUUCACACACUUGAUAGACGUCACCCUGCUGACGGAGCGCACGCAAGUGACGGCGGUCACCAUGACGAAUCGCAGCGGAAACGCCGGCGGCCAGAACGACACGGCGGACGGUCUGAACGGUGACGAGAUCUGGUUCGGCCACAACAACGGCGAGGUGGACAUGCUGCUGGGAACGCAGAAGGGCUGGCUGCGUCACGUGCGCAUUGAGACGCCGGUAAUACCGUACGCCAUGUGCGGCGUCGACGGCUACAUCUGGAUCGGCGACAACGCCGGCCAGGUGCACGUCUACCUGUGCGGCAACUUCGGCUGCGUGGCAAGCUACAGCCUGGAAGCGGAUCACAACCGGGAGUCGAAAGUAGUCGGGCUGAUCCAUCUGGAGCAGCUGAAACAGUUCGCGGUGGCGUUGCACAGCGGCCGGAUCUUCCUGCUGUCCAAUUCGUUCACGCAGAUGCGGAAGUCGGAGGUCACGGCGAACGGCGCUGCCGCGGAAACGACUCGUCACAACGCCGAUGUCAAGACCUACUCGCUGGCGGCGGUCUGCCGGAAGAGGCGGGUGCUGGAGCUCUGGACGGGUCAAAGUUUCGGCCGGAUAUCCAUUUACACGUUGAAGGACGGCAAUCUGAUCGACACGGUGCAGUUGUCGCACUGCACGGGAACCGCCAACGACACCGCGAUGAGAAAUCUCUUCGCCACGUACCUGAUCGCCGCGGCGACUGAGAACUUUGUCUUCUCGUACACGUAUCCGGGCUGCGUAGUGUUCCAGUGGGACGUGGACAGCCGGCAGAUCGUCAACAAGCUCGACAUGUCCAAGCUGGUGCCGUGCUCCGAGAGUCUCAAGUCCAUUUCGAUCGAGGAGAAUCUGUCGACGGAGAAGUGCCAGGUGACUGCGCUCGAGGCCAGCGCGGGCCAGCUGUACAUCGGCACCACCUGGGGCUGCAUCGUCGUCGCCGAGUGCGGCACCCUGCGGCCCGUCACCGUGUUCCGGCCGUUUGAGGGUAAGGUCUGCCAAAUCGUGACGCUCAGGUCCGCUGACAAGAAGAAAUCGGUGCUGGCGACUGUCGGCCAGGGCUACCGCAGCCUCAUCGCGCGGUACACCGACUUCCCGCUGAAAAAUCUGGAGAGCGAGGAGCUCAGACACGGCAUGUACACGCUGCUGUGGCGAUCGGAGAACUGGUCGGCUGCCUGAUUUCCUCGGAGGUCUUAAAAUCCACGUUGUCAUUCGCAUUUAGCGUUAUUUAGCGUUGAACGCUCGUCUGAUUCCGUUUAUCUUGAACGAAGAUAACAAUACACAAAGUCAAGAGACUAUGAGAUAAAAAUUAACCGCGCUUUAACAUUAAAUGCGCGGUGACGGUACAUAAAAUAAAAAUACACCACUACGCUUUAGCACUAAAUGUGAGAAGAUGGACCUAAUUCAACUUCCUUAACGAAUGGGCAAAAAGAAAUUUUUGUAACGGGAUUCAAUUGAUGCCAAAGUAUAAUUCGAUAUGACGAAAUUUCGAAGAGCGGUGAAGUUUGUCGUAACAGGAUUGCAAGACUUCCUUCUUCGGCAGUGGAUACCGGAAAUGCUUAAGUGGUGCGGGGUUUAACUGAGUUACGACUCGGUGAAUCUUAUACGUCCAAUAUUAUAGUACCUAAUAUAAAGGGGUGUUCGAUGCGAAUAAGCGUGCUUGACGAAGAAACCAUUUCUUCGUAGAAUUGAGAGAAACAGCUUUUGGCGUUUAAUGUUUCUCGGAGCACCAAGUACGUUUAUUAACGAAUACUCUGUGUAUUUAUCGCGUGAUAAACUGUAAGCUGAGUCUUUAGUUCGUCCAGGUUGCAGGAAUCUAUUAGUCAAGUCAUAAAAGAAACACAUUCUUAUUUUGUAUAACACUUAAGCUUAAGUAAUUUAAUGACACUCUGAAGUACGUUUUCGCUUUAAAUAUAAUCGGAUGUUAGCUACGAGUCAUGCUAUUUUAAAUAUUUAAAUAACGAAUAAACACGAAUAAUUUUUCGAUAUUAAUGCAAUUCGAUUCAUCAUUGCAAGAUAAGAACAAAGAAAAGAAAAAUAUUCUUUAAUAUCCUUAACUGAACUGUUUUAGAUAUUGAAAAGAUAUUUUUAGCACUAUUAAUUAAUUUUGAUAAUAUCGUUAAUGUUAAGCUCCGAUGAGUCUUACUGCUGACAGUAAAAUUCACAAUUUCGAAAUGAAAAUAUGAUUUUUUUAGAUCAAGUUUAUACAUAUACAUAUAUCUUUCCCUGCGAUUCAGCUGUAUCACGUCCAAAGUAAUAUCCUUCGUAUUACAAAGUAUGCGGAGAUCAUGUCCAAAUGAAGCUGAAAUUUGUAGGGUAUGCAAUAAAAAAGUAUAUCAGCAUUUUAUUAUUAUAUUAGAAAAAUAAGUAGCAUCUUGCUCAACCGAUCAAAUUUUACUUUUUCACUUAUGAUUUAAUUGUAGAAGAAUGAACAGAAUGUAUCCCAAACAAUUAAUGUGAUACGAGAUACUCAGCGAGAAAGAGAAAAAAAAACAUAAUAUAUUACUAAAAGAUAUUAUAUAUUAUUUUUAAUUACGACGCUCUCUAAUUGUGUUUACUGGCAAAAAACUUUUGGAAAGCUUGCUAGAAAUCUAAACAGAUAUAUAUGCCCCUUCCCAAUACGUAAAGGACUAUUCAAGCUAACGUUUUUAUUAGCUCAUAACAAUAGAUGAAAAAGUGAGCAAUACUUAUAAUACGAUUUAUACGUCGCAUGUAACGCAUUUAGGCGACAAAUUGUAUUUAAAGGACUGAGCGGACAUUACCUCGGGAAAAAUGUGAGUUUUCUUAGUAAUAUAUGAUGUACACGGUUUGCUGGCAUUCCCGAACCGACGCGUUCGGUAUAUUAAUACAGUAAUUUUAAUACACAUUGCGUUUUAUACGAGGAAAAGUCGAAAAGUGAAGGAACAUUGAUUGGGGAUUUAAAAGCUUCUUUACUCUUUUACUUUUCCUCGUAUUUAUUUUUAAUUACUCGUACCUGCAACGCAUGAAGCGAAUCACAGUGAUAUAUAGCGCAGCUUGCAUCCCCUUUUUCUAAUAUUGACGAUUAUCGUGACGCGAGCUAGAUAGAAAUUGUACGUAACUAUACCCAAUGUAAAAAUCCCGAAAUAUUAAUUAAGUACCUUGGAAUAUAACGAGUGAUUACUGUAAAGAAAUUUCUACUUAUUAAGAUUGAAAAUUCUACGAGUGAUCUCGACGCAGAACCAUCAUUGUAAAUUCACACGUUUACUCAUCGUAAAGAUUAUUAUGGUUAUCAUCUCAUUAUUCAUCAGCGUAAGUUAUAAUCUUACCAGAACUCAUUGUUAUUUAAUGUACCGAUUGUCACAAAUAUAAACCAUUGUUGAACAAGAA